AGCCGCGAGCGCUCGAGGCGAGCCGUGCGCGAACGCGCCCUUUGCCCCCACGCGUGCGCAGCAGCCCCGGAGGCGGCCCGCGGCGCAAGGACAAUGAUGGCCCCCCUCAACAUGACGCUCAAUUGUCCGCACGAGGAGUCCAUCUACAACAUCGUCCCCCCGCCGCCCCAGAUCCGGGACAUGGCUCAGGUCCAAGCAUGACCCGAAGAUGCCUCCUACCGCGUCCACUUUCCACACCAAAGGGUCCACCGUGGGCGCGACCAGCAACAUCUCAGGCGAGAUGACACAGAAGAGCGUGCCGGACAGGGGCGGCAGGGGCUUUGGCAAGCCCCCGGGCGCCUGCGCUCCGGACACGCAGAAGCGCAUGCAGGCAAGCGCGGCCAAGAAGGUGGCCACUCUCUCGGAGGUGAAAAAGACCAACCCGGACCUGCUGCAGCCCUCGCAGCUCAAGCCUAAGAUCAGGCCCGACGUGCCGAAGAACGGGGACGCGCCUGUGAUGAACUUGGUGAGCUCCAAAAAUUUCAUUGUCGCGAACGCAGUGGAAACCAUCCUGGCCGCUCCAAAGAAGUCAUCCGACGGCGCCCGCGACUUCCUGAGCAAGCAGGACUACGGCAAGACGCCGAAGUACCUGAACAAGGUCAAAGCCGACAUCGAUGACGAGAAGUCCUACAUCGCGAACCUGAUGCAGCAGCAGCAGGAGGAGGAGAGCCGGAAGGUGCGCCCAUUGUCCGAGGAUGAGCGCCAGUCCCUGAUCGAUGGGCUCAAAGCGAAGCGCCGGCCCUAGCCGACUACCAGGCCAUGGCCCACCUCACCAAGCUCGACACAGUAGGCAAGAUCAGGAGGAAGGAGCAGAUGGAGUCGAAGCUCACGCAGAUCGAGAAGGACAUCGAGAAGCUGAGUAAGAAGAACAUCAUCGUUCACAGCGAGUUCUAGGCCGCGGUCGCGCCGCGAUCUCGCCCGUGCCGCGGGCGGUGGCGGCGCGAAGCCCCCCGCGCUGCCCGCCGGAACGCUCGCGGCGGACCCGUCGAUAGAGAGGUGCCCUCCUGCGCUGAGGCCCUGGUGGCCUGCCGCGGGCCCCUCCCCCUCGCGGCAGGUAUUUUCCUCGCUUCCCCUCCGCGUCUCCUCUUCUCCCAUCGCCCGAAUGUUGAUGCUUACGCGGCUGUCUCUUUCUUCCGUGCCCUCCUCUUCCUUGCCUGUUGGCCCGGCGUAGCCCGGCCGCGCUGUAGGGCUCGGUUGCUGUGCGUCCUUUUCGGCCGCACCGCCUGCCGCAGCCUGGACCACCCCGCACUGCGCGCGCCCAUCGACCAGCCCUCGGGCGCCCACGUUUCACUGCAGAAAA